AUGCAAAGAACAUAUACUGUAAAUAAUCUCUCUCAGAUAGUGAUGGUGGGUCAGGAGCCUGUACUUUUCUCCGGCACCGUACGAGACAACAUUGCCUAUGGUCUGCCAGGCUGCUCAAUGGAGAGAGUAAAGGAGGCUGCCAGCAAAGCCAAUGCCCAUGCCUUAAUCUCCAAACUAGAAAAUGGCUACGAAACAGAUGUGGGAGAGCGUGGUAAUCUGCUCUCAGGAGGUCAGAAGCAGCGCAUCGCUAUCGCCAGAGCUCUGAUCAGACAACUGCAGGUGCUCAUACUGGAUGAAGUGACCAGCUCUUUAGACACUGAAAGUGAACAAAUGGUUCAACAGGCCCUGGCCUGCUGCCCCACUCAGACCUUCCUUGUGAUUGCUCAUAGGCUGAAGACCAUCGAGAGGGCGGAUCAGAUCAUGGUGAUUGACAGCGGCGAGGUGGUGGAGCUCGGUACACAUCAGGAACUGAUUCCCUGAUUAGUUCCCAUAGUUCCAUCAUUAGUGUCUUAUUUGUGUCAGGUGUGUUUACCCAUUAGGCUCGUCUGUGUUUCCUAUUUAAAAGACUGUCCCUGAGUUGCUUUCGCUGUUCAGUCACUGUUAUGUUAUGCUUCGUUCAAUGCCUGUACUCCUGUGUUUGGAUUAAAGUUUGAAUCGUAUUGGA